CUACGAGGUGACCACCGGAGAUCAGUGGUAGUGACAUGAGCGAAGCAUGAGUGAAGCCCUUCCUGUCACGAUUUUUCGUUAAUUUACUCAGUGGUAUUAUGAAAAUGUAAAAAACUUGGAGUAGGGCCUACUCUUGCUUCUACUCGCGAAACUCAAACAUGACUGAAAAUGUGUACAUUUUCGAAACCGUCGACAAAGACUUUUUUAUGUCAGAGGUCUAUCCACAGAGGAAGCCUGCAGUCCUCCGAGGGAUAGACAUUGGGGACUGCACAUCCAGAUGGACAGAAGGCUACCUUUGUGAGAAGGUUGGAUCCCAGGAGGUCAAAGUUCAUGUCAGUCCAACCGCAAAGAUGGACUUCAUCAGCAAAAAUUAUGCCUACAGGACAUUGCCGUUUGACAUCUUUGUGAGACGAGCAGCUGAACAUACGCAUGAUGAAUUCUUCUUCAAACCAGAUGAGAAGUAUUACUUCCGUGCACUUGGAGGUGAUCCCAGAAAGGAACCUGCAGAUCUAACCAAGCAGUUUCCAACCCUGGCGGCUGAUGUGGCCAUUCCUCGGUACUUCAAGGAAGGCGCGUUCUUCUCCAGCGUCCUACGGCUAGGAUCUGCUGGAGUGCAACUCUGGACACACUAUGAUAUCAUGGACAACCUCUUGAUACAGAUUAGUGGUCAUAAGCGGGUGGUUCUCUUCAGACCUUCAGAUGCAACUCAUUUGUAUCUCACAGGUGAUAAAUCAGCUGUCUUAGACAUUGACAAUCCUGACCUGGUCAGGUACCCUGCCUUCAGGCAUGCAAGGCCUAUUGAGUGCCAUCUACAACCUGGUGAUGUGCUGUUUAUUCCAGCUUUGUGGUUUCACAAUGUGCAGUCGUUAGACUUCAGUGUUGCCGUAAAUGUCUUCUUCCGACAUUUGGAUGCCAGUUGCUAUGACAACAAAGAUCCCUAUGGCAACAAAGAUCCACAGGCGGCAGCGAGAGCCCUUCAGAUCCUAAACCGAGCAGUGAAGUGCCUGGAAGAGUUGCCGGAGGAGUACAGGGACUUCUACGGUCGGAGGAUGAUCAAUGAAAUUGAGGCCAAGACUUUCCUGAAUUCCUGACAUCAAUCAAGGCCGAAACCGAGCACCUGUGUAUUUUUAAAUGUCAUCAGUAACACACUUUUGUUCCUCCUAAGUUCUGAUGGAGUAAGUGUGCCACCUUUUCUGUCACCACAGCUAUGUGAUUUCAGAAACUUAUAGAUUCGACUAGAACUGAUUUGCAUUCUUGAGUAGGAUGAACAGUGGAACGUAAAGUUUGCAACCCUGGACAAGAAUGCUUACCAUUGCUUGCAUCUGCCAACCCUGAUGUGUCAUUGGAAUCUGUAAUGGUUGUGCUGGGGAUAUUUUUGUCCAAACCGAUCAGUUAAAGUCUUUAUCAUUGCAUUUUUAUUAGGAUUGAGUGAAACGAGGUAAAUGAGCACAGGAGUCAUGGGUAAUACUACUCUGUGAAGUACUCCCACCAUCUUGUAAGGAAAGUGGCACUCACCCAUAUACCCAGAGGUACCAUGGCCAAGGGCAGAGGGACAUAGGACUCCAACAUCAUGAUGUCUCAGCUUGAAAGGAUGGAUAUUCAAGCACCAGUGUACAAUAGUGCUCACAGAGAAAGAAAUCCAUAUAGUCACAUUGCGUUUCUGCCCUCAGAUAGAACCACCUUGAGUAUAGUACUCGAGUGCUUACUAACAAACCGGGCACGUCUUAAACCAUUCCGUGGCCAAAUUUCAUACAGUAUCAUGUUUAUAUAACCUUAGCUUAGUCAGUCAAGAGAACAUUUGAUAAAUGUGGAAAGGGUGUGGGCUUCAGGUACAGGUGUCCUUUUCAUCCGUGACCAAGAGAAAGGCUGUAUGGAUUGAGUGAUUUGGCUAUGCAAUACUGACUGCAUCUGGAAAUAACACGGGUGCCCCAGGAAGCCACAAGCUGAGGCUUGUGACUUCAGUCACUUUCCAUACGUACAUGUAGGUGCAAGGGUGUCUCCUAGCCGCAGCCAUUUGCUUUGAAUAGAGAAUCUCAGAAUAGCAAUGCAGUGCCUGGAAAUAGUCUACACAGUGCUGCUUGUACAUUUAUAGUAGGCAAACUUAGGACCAGUAUACAUGUACAUGUACACCAUCAAGUGGAUGGAGUGAAAAUAUCAGUCAGUAGUGAAGUGGCCCCUUGGUGUAACACUGGUGUGUUCAGGGAAGCUAAUCGAACGCACCCUAUAUAAUAAUGCACCCGCAAGAGACCAGCUGGACCGUACACCCUGUGUAAUGCUACACGGAGACGGUCUGCCCGCACCUAGCAUAUAGCAGCAUACACAACGCCCUAUCCAGUUUGUGAGUGACUUCGUCCCAAAGGCGGACGCGCCACGAUUCCCAAGCGCAGAAGUUGCGCGUUAACUUCCGGUUCCAUGGUUCUGCAUAAACGGCGAUCAAUGCAUGUAACCCCAUGUGCAGUGCACGUGUGCAGUGGGCGUGGUUUAAACUGAAGUGAAGUCACACUUACGUACCGGAUACAGCUUCGCUGAACUAGCAGAAUCCCUAACAAAGAGCAAGCUCCGCCCACUUACGCGCUUGUUUGAUCACGCGCAAACCAAAGAGCUUUCUACCUACACACAGCGCUAUGCUCCACCCAUCCUGUUUACGUCACAGGACAUGCACACACUACUACACUUGUGUAGUCCUCAUUACUAUACACAACAAAAGUUACAAAAGUUCCUACUCUUUCCGCUAGAAUAAUAAUUAUUUAUUGUAAUUGAUUUGAUAAAGAAAGUGCGCAGAACUGCGUAGAAUCCCAGGUGGGUCUUUCUUCUUUUUUCCCCCUUAUUUUCAUAUUGCUUUCGGCAUAAGUCUGCCAAAACCUAACCUUCUAUUCCUGGGCAAAGCAGCACUCAGGGGAUACAGAUAUUACUGUGGUUUAAGGCUAGGCCAUUUGAAAGUAGUUUGACUACACCACUUUCUGGCAUGCCCAAUAUGUCCAUAUCCAGAGUGCAGCGAAUGCUUGCUACUUCGUAAGAUUUUUAGUUUUAUUUGAAUCAUUUUUAUUUACACAAAAAGGUAUUUUAUGAGAUCUCAUCAUGCCUAAAUGAUACUUUUCAAUUUUCCUCUAGGAGUUCCAUUAGGAUUUUGUCAAGUAAUUCCCUAGAAAUACCCAAAAUACCCGAAUUAGAUCUAUCUUGACCUCAAUAAAGCAAGCAGGGAAGACCCUCUUUGAA